AUGUCUUCAUUAAAAGACUCGUUCAAAAUCGCCAUAGACUAUGGAUUCAUUAAAUCAUUUGAUUACAAGGCAUUCGAAAACUGUAAGCCGAUUGCGAGGGGAGCGUUCGGAACAGUUCACAAAGCUUAUUUCAGAAACAUUGAAAAGAAUGUGGCGCUAAAGAGCUUACACUACGACGAAACCGAUGAUGAACAUUUUUAUAAUGACUUUAUAAGAGAGUUACAAAACAUUAGUGCGGUCAAUUAUAGUGAUAAUGUUGUUAAAUUUUUGGGCAUCAGUCUAGACCAUUUAACGGAUACACAUUACCUCGUACUCGAGUAUGCCGAAGAUGGGGAUCUACGAUCUUAUUUGCCGAGUUCAUCACAUUUUGAUUUAUCGAAAAAAAAAAACCUCUUCGAACAGCAUUCAAAAAAUAUACUUGUGCAUCGGGGCCGGUUGUUGAUCGCGGAUUUGGGUCUAUCCAAACCGUUAGAUAAGAAUCUUAAUAGUUCCUAUUCUGUUGCAGGAGGAACGUUUGCAUACUCGGAUCCUCAAUAUUUGAAAAAUCCGGAACAUUAUAAACGUCAUAAAGCUUCAGACAUUUAUAGUGUGGGUGUACUAUUAUGGGAAUUGUCAAGUGGGAAGACGCCUUUCAAUAAUAAGCCGUUGAUGGAAACGCUAACAAUGAUAUCAAACGGUGUGAGGGAAACACCUGUCAAUGGAACACCAUUAGCUUACAUUCAGAUUUAUACGAAGGCAUGGGUGGAUGAUCCGGAGAAAAGGCCCACGAUAGGGGAAAUUCAAUUAGACCUUAGAAACAUUCAAAUGGAGCCUGUACAUUAUGAUAAUAGUGCUGGGCCUAUUUUAGAAGCCACUAAUGAAACCAUCAUAGAUAGUGGCGAUUUGGUGACUUUUCGCCCUGAGGAUUAUAACUCUGGAAGCUUGAACACUGUGGGUCCCCUCAGCAAUUCGAUUUGGUCUACUGGUUUCGACUCGAUCAUGCACGAGAAAAACACAUCAGAGGACAACGCCGGGAGAAGAGAUGUUUUGGCGAACACAAUUAGCAAUCCAACCCAAGUAAAUUCGCAUGGCAGUUAUCAUCAAAUAAAAAUACCUAACGGUUAUACCCAGGUGAAUUCGCAUGGCAGUUAUAACCGAGUGAGCUUAUCUAGCGGUUAUAAUCCGCUUAGCGGUUCAACACAAGUGAAUCUGCUUGACAGUCCAACCCAAAUAAAUCCAACCCAGGUGAACCCGCUGAGUGUUCCAACCCAGGUGAACCCACUUAGUAUUUCAGCCCAAAUGAAAUCGCUUAGUAUUCCAACCCAAGUGAAAUCGCUUAGUAUUCCAACCCAAGUGAAGUCGCUUAGUAUUCCAACCCAAGUGAAUCCGCUUAAUAUUCCAACCCAGGUGAACCCGCUUAAUAUUCCAACCCAAGUGAACCCGCUUAGUGGUCCAACCCAAGCAAAUCCGCUUCGUAUUCUAACCCAAGCAAAUCUGACUAGCGGUAAUGUCCUAGUAAACGCACACGCUCAAUCAAACGUAAAUGUGCAUCGUGAUCAAACCAAAUCUGAUGCAUCUACUUCUAGUCCAGUCAAGGGAGAAACACUGAACAAUUCUAGUAAUAAUCUAAUAUUGCCACCAGACAACUCUCCUAUCAGUAAAAGUGAUGAAAAUAAAGACGAUCGUAAUCAGAAUUAUUAUCAUUCAUGCGAAGAAACCCUCAAGAAGAUUGAGGAAUUGCAUUACUCCAAUCGCGACUUUGAAGAUAGCAUAAGGAGAGGUAGUUCCGUCUGUGAUGCACAUUUGCACGUCGCCCUUGGAGACAUUCAAGGUCUGAAGUGGCAUCUUGACAACGGAUCCAGUGCCGUCGACUACUACGGGUCAUUCAUGGAGAAAAUAAUGCUUUAUAAUUUUGCGUUGAAAUAUUGUAACGCGGAAAAAAUAAUGCUCGUGUUAGAGACCCUCAAGCCUUACCAUUCGGGUUAUCCAUUUUACCCCAAAAUGGAGUACCUAUUGAAUAAUAGUUAUUUUAAGAACACUCGAGGAUUGAUUGAAUCCAAGAAAAUUAUGCGAUGGUUCGUUGACGAAGGGUAUGACAUCAACAGCAAAAACGUGAACUCUAUGUAUACAUUAUAUGAUACCUUGCACCAGGCUGUCGAUAGAAACCUUUACUACGAAAUUAUUUACAUAUACUUGGAAAACAAGUUUGAUCCGAACAAUCCUUACAAUGCGUCAAUUCCAAAUUUAUUGUUUUUUGGUAUACAGGAGAAAUAUUCGAAAGUCACUCUUGAGCUCAUCCUAGAUUUUGGGGUGAACAAGAAAACAAAGAAUGACAAGGGGAUGAAUGCUCUUGCGUUUGCAACAAAGUUAAAAAACAUGGAUGCAAUGGAAUGUCUCUUGGAAAAUGGCUUGGAGUUUAGUGAAAGUCAAAGUUUGAAGGAUGCGAUCAAGUAUUGUGACAUCUGGGGUAAGGAAAAGACCUAUCUCAAGAGUUGGCAAGGGAAAGAAGGGGAAUCCAAGAGACUCAGGGCUGAAAAUAGCCAUUUUCUGAAACAAUUACGAUCCUUAAAGAAAUAA